UAAGGAUGUGAAUAACCGAAUACAAUUUCAACUCAACAAAAUCAUAAUCAAAUAGUGCACUUUUGUACUGACAAUCAUGGGAACUCAUUGGGUCGCCAUCUGAUCUUGCACAUGUCCCUUAAGGUAUAUGUUGUGUAGCAAUGUGAUAAGUUUAGUAAAGAAAUAUGGUUGAGUACACGACAUGAGUACACACAUACACACACACACGUUCAGUUGACUCUAAUUCACUGUCAAGUCACCUUAUCUAUCUAUGGUUGAUAGAAUAUAUGAAAUGAGGCAGAUAAAAGGUCCAGCUAAUCAGUGCCUAGGCUGCAUAUAUUCUACAAAGCCUUCUAAGUGAUAAGAAAAGUAUGUGUAGCUAAAGCCACAUUAACACGCAUGAAACAACGGCUCCUGUACAUAAUAUCGUAUUGUUUAGCUAGCACUAAACCCACAAGGAUAGGUACCAGGUGUAUUCUAAAUUCGAAAAAUAAGUGUCAAGAACUUUAAGGGAAUUCUUAUUCCCUCAUCUAGUUUCUGUUUUGACUUCGAAGUAUUCUGGUCCUUCAUUAGUACAUUUAUUAUUCACUAUGAUUGCUACCAUAUCCAAGCAGGUUCUGUCACUUCUUCCAGAUGUGGCCAAAAGGAGAAGCACGUUGUUAUUAUUUGCUAUUUUCAUAAGUGGUUUAUUGUUUAUACAACCCCUUAAUCCUUUUCGUUCCAGAAAUUAUACUAUUUCAGCAUCAUAUGCUGAGUCCCCGUCGGUUAAAGCUGAAUCAUACACCAAAACCGUUCACACCGAAUCGUUGUUUGAUUUCACCAAAUAUGUUUAUCAAAUCAAAGCAAAUUCUCAUUUUGGAGCCACUGACGAAGAGCCGAGUAUCUUGAUAUUAUCAACAAUUGACAAUGGUAAAUCUUAUGGGAACCAAAGAGAACUUAAACAUUUCAUGAUUUCAAUUUUCUCAUUGCUUGAGCAUCAGGACCAUCCAUAUCAAGCAUCGCUUGGGUUUUUGUGUAAUGAAGCAUCUGAAUUCAAGAACAUUGUCAAGUAUAUUGAAUCCCAUGCAAUAUUACUAUCUAAAUCAUUCAAGAAAAUCACCUUGAUCUCGGCUCCUUUCUUGAAUAGCAAUUCAGGCAUCAAUCCAGAUCAGAGCAGUGGUACGGCCUACAGGUUGCAAAAUAGGUUAUCUGCAAGAUCUAAGAACUUUCUCAUCUCGCAUGCCUUAGAUUUGGAGCAAUACACUAUGUUCAUUGAUUCUGGAAUUGCGGCAUUUGAUCAUCCAAAAUUAGUCAUUUCCACUUUCAUCAAAGAUAAAAAGGACAUUGUCGUCCCUCGUAUCCAGCAAGGUAAUGACUUAGAUUAUGAUAAGAACACAUGGAGGGGAAAUCGCACUAAACCAACAAAGGAACAAUUAACUUUAAUGGAUGAAAACAAAUGGGAACUGUUGGAUUAUGUUCCUGGUGAUAUUUCAGAUACAUACCAUUUCAAGAAUUUUGUGACUAAUGAUAAUGGUGAAAGAGAUUCACAUAAGGAUUUGAACUAUGCUGUAGAGUUGGAUUCAGUGGGGAAUCUUGUUCUUUUUGUUAAGUCAGUGGUGUUUAAACAAGGUGUAGUUUUCCCAACCAGUAGUGUAGUAGGAACUAGUUGGGAUAGACUCGAGGGAUAUGAUGGGAUUGAAACCCUGGGUAUUUGUUACAUGGCUAAACCUUUGGGAUAUCAGUGUUGGGGUAUGCCUAAUAUUGUUGCCAAUCAUUUACCAGAAUAGAUUUAAUAUGGCUUGAUUUGGUUGUAUGGGUUAACUGUACAACGAGAUGUGAUUUACAACCAUAUUAUAUAUAGUACGUAAAUACAAGUAAUAGAUAAGCUAUAAAUUA